UUCAGCCCUUCCUUUCAGUGUCCCGUCGAUCGUCGGCGACGCGGAUGUUACGGUCUGAACGUGCAACGCGCGAUCGACAUUCUGCUUGGUGAUUUUCCGGUAUACGGUUUAUAUGAGUUCCGGCUGAAUUUUUCGUGAAAGCAUGGCGAAUUUUGCCGUGUCCCUGAAACGGAGCCCCAGUGAUUUCGAGGAGCAAAUGUUGUACAGGAAGAAGACUGAUCUGCGUAACGACGUCGACAAAGAGCCCAAAGACUUAACGAGCAGGAACAUGUUCCCGAGUGCUCAAAUAAAAAUGAGAUUAAUGUCACCGAGCAGUUCGCCUGCCACCUCGCCGACGAUGUCAAACUCGUCGUCGCCGACUCCGCCCCUGCCGCCGUCGAGCGCCGCCGCCGCCGUGGCUGUCAGUUACGGCAAAAUGGCGGGCAUCCCAUGCGUCGCGGCCGCUUCUCGGUACACGGCUCCGGUGCAUAUAGACGUGGGAGGCACCAUUUACACCUCCUCCUUGGAAACGCUGACGAAAUUUCCAGAAUCCAGACUCGCCAAACUCUUCAACGGAAGCAUACCUAUAGUCCUGGACUCGCUGAAACAACACUACUUCAUCGACCGAGACGGGGGGAUGUUCAGGCACAUUUUAAACUUUAUGCGCAACUCGAAGCUUUUAAUACCCGAGAACUUCCAAGACCUCGACUUGUUGCUCGAAGAGGCGCGGUACUUCGACAUUCCUCCGAUGAUCAGACAACUGGAGCAGAUGAAGAAAGAUCGAACCAAGAACGGUAUCGUUGCUGCUGCUACUGGUAAGGGGUUGCACACGGCCAGUGGUCGGUACCACGGAGGUAGUUUGGAUCGACCUUUGAGGCAUUCGUCCGGUCAAGAGUUGUACGAGUGCGUAGCUCUGCACGUCAGUCCGGAUCUAGGGGAGAGGAUUAUGCUAUCCGGGGAUAGAUCCUUAUUGGAUGAGGUGUUCCCCGAGACGAACCAAGCGGUCAUGGACGCCAGGACCGGAGCGGCCUGGAAUCAGCAAGACGCACAUCACGUGAUUCGAUUUCCCUUGAACGGUUAUUGCAAACUAAACUCGAUGCAGGUGAUCACGAGACUUUUGAACGCGGGAUUCAAAAUAGCGGCCAGCAACGGGGGCGGGGUCGAGGGCCAACAAUUCUCGGAGUACCUGUUCGUGAGGAAAAUCCUGCCCGGGUGAAAUCUCGCCGCAUUCGGCGCCGAAGAUUUUGAUUAAUUAGUAUUUCGCACCGACAACCGUAUACUUAGGGCACAAAUUUGAAAAGAGAAAAUAGAAUCCACGGACUGUGUGAACUUUUAGACCGGUUUGUUUUGUACAUAAAACUUUUGUACAUUCCUACGCUAUAGUGACGAAUCAUGGGAUCUAGCAAACUGAAUUCGGUGAUCUCGAUCUAGAUCUGGCAAUUGGCUGUGAUCCGAGUAAAAAAAAAAUAAGCGCAAGUCGACGACAUGGCGGAUCGUACUUAUUUUGUAAAAUACAUUACGUUAAGUAUAACAAUAAUUAUUUAAAAAUAAAAAUAUUAAUAAUUGUC